GAUCAGGCUGAUGUGCGAAGGAGGAACCAACAAGAGCCAUCGCACGUGGAAGGAACGUGCGCUGUCUGUCAAUCAAAGCUCCUCCUUUCAUGACAGAGGCGACAUUUUGGGUCUUGUUAAAUGUCGGGGAUGGAGCAGAUGUCCGAGGAGGCGCUAAGGUUGAACUUGUUGAAGCGAGGCCUGGAGUCGCCCAACGAGCGCGAGGAGGCCUUGGCCAAGCGCCUGAAAAUGGAGGGCCACGAGGCCAUGGAGCGCCUCAAGAUGUUGGCGCUGCUAAAACGCAAAGAUCUGGCGGCCCUGGACGUCGCCGGGCCCCUGGGCGACGGCAAGGGCCCCGGCCCCGGCCCCGGCGCGCUCCACCAUCAGAGCCUCAUGGGCGCCGCCUACGAGGAGAAGCUAAAUGGGACUCUGAGACUCGGCGGGCACGGCGGCCCCAGUAAGAACGGCAAGGAGAACGUCCUGGACGAGCCGGUGGACAUGAGUGCCGGACGCAGAUGUGACGCAGACCGCGAGAGACGAACUCCAUCCCCGGACGUCAUCAUCCUGUCAGACAACGAGGCAUCCAGUCCCCGAGCGACACCUCGCCCCGAAGAGCGCCGGAACCAUGCGAACCUGGACAUGUUCAAGGGCAAGACCGGAGAAGAGAGGCAGAAGAUGAUCAAAGCUCUGCGCGAGGAGCUGCGUUUGGAGGAGGCUCGCCUGGUGCUGCUCAAGAAGCUCCGACAGAGUCAAAUGCAGAAGGAGAACGUGGUGCAGAAGGUAUCGGUGGUCCAGAAUGCCGCCUCUUCCGGGCAGCCGCCCUCCAUCCACAGCUCCCCUGGACUGGGGAAGCUUCCGGUGCGGUCGGGCGUGCACAACCCAGAGCCGCAGAAUCUGCGGACGGCACAGGGUCACACAGUCAUCAGGUCAGGAGCCAACGCCAGCCUGCCACCCAUGCUCAUGUCCCAGCGGGUGAUCGCACCCAAUCCCGCCACAUUGCAAGGACAGCGGCUCUCCAAACCUGGGAUGGGUCGCUCCAGCAUGGGCAACGCCGUAAGCUACCAGCAGGCCAGCCAGCAGGUGGCAGCAUCGCAGCGAUCAGGCUCCAGCGCCAUGUACAUGAACCUUGCCCACAUGCAAGCUGCGGCGGCGGCGGCUGGGGCGGGCGGCGGCGGUGGCGGCGGCGGAGGAGGCGGGGGGAGGGAGAGGGCCAGCAGCCAGGCUGCUGCCAAGCUGGCCCUGAGGAAGCAGCUGGAGAAAACGCUGCUGGAGAUCCCCCCGCCCAAGCCCCCCGCCCCGCUCCUCCACUUCCUGCCGUCGGCCGCCAACAGCGAGUUCAUCUACAUGGUGGGCCUGGAGGAGGUCGUGCAGAGCGUGCUCGACAGUCAGGGCAAACUGCGGGGAACGCUUUCCCGCACGGAGCCCUUCUUCUGUGCCCAAUGCAGAACGGAUUUCACCCCCCACUGGAAGCAGGAGAAGAGCGGGCGAAUCCUGUGCGAGCAGUGCAUGAUGUCCAAUCAGAAAAAGGCUCUCAAGGCGGAGCACACCAACAGGCUGAAGAACGCCUUCGUCAAGGCUCUACAACAGGAGCAGGAGAUCGAACAGAGGCUGCAGCAGGCGGCCCUCUCGCCUGGCUCCGCCCCCAGCGGCCCCAACGCCUCCAAGACUGACUCGCUGAUCCGACACCACGCUCUGCGCCAGGCGCCUCAACCCCAGGCUUCUCUGCAGAGAGGGCUGUCCAAUUCGGCGCGGGGCGUCCUGUCUAACUUUGCCCAGGCCUCUCAGCUGUCGGUGGCCAGCAGCCUCAUGGGGAUGGGCGGCGCCAAGCACUGCGGCGGCGGCAACGGCGGCGGCGGCAGACUGCAGCACGACAGCCGUCGGCAGAUUUACAACAUCCCAGGGUUAAACAUCGCCUAUCUGAACCCGGCGGCGGUGGGCGCCCAUAAGAGCUCCAGCCUCGCGGACCGGCAGCGAGAGUACCUGUUGGACAUGAUCCCCCCCCGAUCCAUAUCGCAGUCCAUCAGCGGACAGAAAUGA